AUAAGAACCGUUGGCCUGCGUCAUCCCGGGUUCGUCGUUGCUAUGGCAGAACAUAAGAGCAGCAGGCGGCCAUUUUGUGAUCCACUCUCAACCUGGCCGUUACAGAUACAGCAGUUACAGUACAGGAGCUGAGCAUUAACUCUCCCAAGAUUUGAGACUUUGGAGAGUUUAUUUCUGCACAACCAUCGUCUGUGACUGGUGGACAUUUAGCAGAACUAGCAUGAGCCUAAACUACAAACUGAAGCUACCUGCCAUCAGUGUCACGCGUGUUCCUGGGAACACGCGUCCCGUCAGACAGAGUCGCCCCCUCGGGGACUCUCCCACCACGUACCCGUUAAUCUCUGACUCCGGACGACUCUGCAGCAGCAAUCAGUCGAUUCCGAGACUGAACCCUUUGCUUCCACCUUUGGCGCAAAGACGCACGGUCAGUCUGGAAACGUCCGCUGUUCACUACCACAACCAGCAGAGGGCGCUGUCCAUGCAGAGAGCAGAGCAUUGCAGACGGCAUCAAGUGUGGCGUAAACCCUUUUAUGGGACCAGCACUGAGAAAGAGGAGUACAGAAAACACCUGAUAGAGCAGCUGCAAAAGCAGAUGGACGAGAAAAGUGCUGCAAAAACGUUGCAGCUGGCCAAGAGGGCAAAGGAAGGAGAGCGUCUGCUUGAAAUGGACCGUCUCGCCCUGUCCAGGGACGCAGACCUUAAGGUCCAACGCAAGACCUCUUUACUGGUGUACCGAGACGAAAACAAGAGGCUCAUGGAGCUUCAGUGGCGACAACAGGCACUGUUACGCCGUCAGGAGGCUCUAAAGGAAAGAGAGCUCCUUGGUCUCAACCACAUUAACUGGAGGGGCACGUUAAGCUAGACUGGCCCGCCAAUCUUGUAAAUACCUAAAUUUUAUGUAAUAAAAUUAGAAAAAUUAAAAACAAA